GGCCCGGCGGGGCGGCAGCGCAGGCGCACUGAGCGGCGGGGCGGCGCUGCCCCCUAGCGCCGGGGUGCGGGAUGCCGGGCGAGGAGGAGGAAGACGCUGAGUCGGGGGUCGGAGGGGCGGUGGCGGCCGCCGCCCCCCCCUCCCCAGCAGCCGAGGAGGGGGACACUCGCCAGCGCUACGAAGAGCUCUGCAGCAGCCUUAAUAUGGACGAGCGCGCCCGCUCCGAGGCCUGGCUUAGCUACCAAAGCAUGAAGCUCAACUACACUCUAGAGGGAAAUGAUCUGCAUUGGCUAGCAUGUGCCUUGUAUGUGGCUUGCAGAAAAGCAGUACCGACUGUGAGCAGAGGGACAGCUGAGGGAAAUUAUGUGUCUUUAACCAAGAUUUUGCGCUGUUCGGAACAAAGCUUGAUCGAGUUUUUUAACAAGAUGAAGAAGUGGGAAGACAUGGCAAAUCUACCCUCCCAAUUCAGGGAGCGAACAGAGAGAUUAGAAAGAAACUUCACUGUUUCUGCAGUUAUUUUUAAGAAGUAUGAGCCCAUUUUUCAGGACAUGUUCCGAUACCCUCACGAAGAUCAACCUCGUCAACAGAGAGGAAGAAAACAGAGACGGCAGCCGUGUACUGUGACUGAAGUUUUCCAGUUUUGUUGGGUGCUGUUCGUUCAUGCAAAAGGUAAUUUUCCGAUGAUCAGUGAUGACUUGGUCAAUUCCUACCAUCUCUUGUUAUGUGCUUUGGAUCUUGUGUAUGGAAAUGCUCUGCAGUGUCCUAACCGCAAAGAACUUCUGAAUCCUAACUUUCAAGGUCUACCUGAAGACUUUCAUAGUAAGGAUUGCAAAGUCUCAUCUGAUCCUCCCUGCAUCAUUGAAACACUCUGCUCAAUGCAUUAUGGAUUAGUUUUAGAAGCAAAAGGUAUCAAGGAACAUUUUUGGAAGCCAUAUAUUCGGAAACUUUUUGACAAAAAGCUUCUGAAAGGAAAAGAUGAGAACUUGACUGGAUUUCUAGAUCCUGGGAACUUUGGAGAUAGCUUCAAAGCCAUCAACAAGGCCUAUGAGGAGUACGUUCUGUCAGUAGGAAAUCUUGAUGAGCGGAUAUUUCUUGGGGAUGAUGCAGAUGAAGAAAUUGGAACUCUAACAAGGUGCUUAAAUGCAACUUCAGGAGGGGAAACGGCUGAAAGAGUACAAGUGAAGCAUAAUUUGCAGCAGCACUUCGACAGAUCCAAAUCACUUAGGAUUACAACCCCACUUACUGGCCGAAAGUAUAUUAGAGAGACCAACCCAUAUGUGACACCGAUUUCCAUAGCAACAUACAGUCUGAGCCGCCUUCAUACAAUGCUGGCAGGACUGAAGAAUGCCCCCAGUGAAAACCUGGAACAAAUACUCAGGGCUUGUUCCAGAGAUCCUUCUCAAUCUAUUGCAAACAGGGUAAAAGAUAUGUGUGAAGUGUACUGCCAGAGCAUGCAGGCUGAAGGAGAGUUCAGUAACUUCUCCAAAGAUAUUGCUAGUAAGCACUUUCAGCGUGCUGAGGUGCUGUACUACAGGGUCUUGGAGUCAGUCAUCGAGCAAGAAAAGAAGAGACUGAGAGAUGCUGACUUAUCUGCAAUACUGGAGCAAGAUAUAUUUCACAGAUCUCUGCUGGCAUGUUGCCUUGAGAUAAUUAUCUUCACAUACAAGCCCCCUGGAAACUUUCCCUUCAUCACUGAAGUAUUUGACAUUCCAGUUUAUCACUUUUAUAAGGUCAUAGAGGUUUUCAUCAGAGCAGAGGAUGGCCUUUGUCGGGAAGUAGUAAAACACCUUAAUCAUAUUGAAGAACAGAUCUUGGAAAGCAUGGCAUGGAAGCAGGAAUCCAUCCUGUGGGACAAAAUCAGAGAAAAUGAAAACAAAGUUCCCACUUGUGAAGAGGUAAUGCCACCUCAGUAUUUUGAGAGAUCAGCUGGGAACAGCGUGGUAAGUUCACCACUGACCCCAAGGCGGAUAAACGAGGUUCGUGCUGAAACGGGAGGAGUAGGAAAAGGCCUCUCAUCCUCUCCAACGACACUGUAUGACAGAUACAGUUCUCCUACAGCCAAUCCUACCAGGAGAAGACUGUUUGCUGAUAACGACACUCCCUCUGACAGUGGAACGCUGGGGCGAGUUUCCCAGCAGCCUGUGGUCAAUACAGUGCCAGUCCAGAAUGUUAAUCCCGAAGCCAUGCCGGUAACACCUGUGCCGGGCCAGACGCUGGUUACGGUGGCAACUGCCACUGUAACAGCCAACAAUGGGCAAACUGUCACCAUACCUGUACAAGGUAUUGCCAAUGAAAAUGGAGGAAUAACUUUCUUCCCAGUCCAAGUUAAUGUAGGUACCCAGCCCCAAGCUGUUUCUGGUCCCAUUCAGCCUCUCAGUGCCCAGACUCUUGCUGGUACCCUGAACACUCAGAUGACUGGGGGCGCUCUGCAGCUGCCAGGCCAGUUAACUGUUCAGCAGAUCUCUCCUGGGGAGCAGAGGCAAACGCAGCAGUUAACUACAGCCACAUCCACCAGGCCUCGGAAGAUGGGCUCACUUUCACUCUUCUUCAGAAAGGUGUAUCAUCUAGCUAGUGUCCGUCUGAGAGAUCUGUGUGUCAAGCUGGAUAUAGCUGAUGAGCUGCGGAAGAAGAUCUGGACAUGUUUCGAGUACUCCUUGGUACACUGCCCUGAAAUCAUGAUGGACAGACACCUGGAUCAGCUGCUGAUGUGUGCCAUCUAUGUAAUGGCUAAGGUCACUAAGGAGGAUCAAUCAUUUCAGAACAUCAUGCGCUGCUACCGGACACAACCACAAGCCAAGAGCCACGUGUACCGGAGUGUCCUGAUCAGGGGCAGGAGACGCCGCUGCCGCUCUGGCAGCAGUGACAGCAGCAGCCAGCAGAGCUCACCUACAGACAGAAGUAAAGAGAUGAACAAAGAAAGGACCAGCCGAGACUCCAGCCCAGUGAUGCGCUCUAGCAGUACCCUGCCUGUGCCUCACCCCAACAGUGCACCUCCCACCCCAACCCGACUCACCGGCCCCAACAGCGACACCGAGGAGGAGGAGCGAGGGGACCUCAUACAGUUCUACAACAAUAUCUACAUCGAGCAGAUUAAGGAGUUUGCCCUGAAGUACACCUUAAAUGCACAGGCUGACUCUCCUCCACUCUCACCCUACCCAUCUAUAAGGAUCAGCUCCCCACGCAGAGUGCAGCUCUCCCAGAACCAUGCCAUCUACAUCUCUCCACACAAAAAUGAGCCUGCUUUCUCUCCACGAGAGAAGAUAUUCUAUUACUUCAGCAGCAGCCCAUCUAAGAGGCUCAAGGAAAUUAACAGCAUGAUUAGAACUGGAGAAACUCCAACAAAGAAGCGAGGCAUUCUCUUAGAAGAUGGAACUGAAGCACCAGCUAAGCGAAUCUGCCAGGAAAAUCACACAGCUCUGUUAAGACGACUACAGGAUGUAGCAAAUGACAGAGGCUCUCACUGAGGCCCAGAGUUCAGCACAGGUACUCCCACUCUGCUGCUCCACAGAGUCAGGCUGCUUCGCUUAUUACAGUCACCAAGCCUUUGUAAGUGUCUUCAGCCUGGCUCUCCUCUUCCGACCCUUUGUACCUGUCAGGAAGGGGCCUGAAGCAUGUCCUCCACAGCACCUGGACUGCAGGACACCCUUCGAACUGUCUGACACACCCUCACCCCAUGGUUAAGUGUAUCAUAAGGCAAAGGAUCCAGCUGUAGACCUCGGCUUCAGAAAGCAGAUGAGGAGCUUUCCAGCGCUUGGUGAAAGCACUGCUACCGACUUUCAACCUUGCAGUAGGUGUUUAACUCCCUUUGCUGUAACCUGUGCCCUCACACGGUUUGCAGCAGUGUGUCACCACUUUCAUCUUUGGCCUAGGAAACCGUACAUGCAUCAGAGGGCAGUGCUGUGCCAGGGCAACUGUAUUCCACCCGGUCUUACUUUUUACAAUAAUGCCCUCCACAAUAAUAAUGACUCACAAGGAAAAUUCCAGCAGCGUCCAGUUUUGCUUGGAAAGAAAGAUAGGAAUAAUCCUUUUUAAGCCCUGAAGGAAGCAGUCUGAACAUAUUCCUUUCGUAUUCAGGAUGGUUUGCAUGCCCAAUGUCAUGGAUUCAGCCACCCUGUCUUGCUUUAACAUUUGGGCACCUUGUACAAAGGAAGAGGGUUUUGUUUAUGCAUUGGUUUUAGCUGUGCAAUGUUUUCAAGUGAACUCACGUUCUAGGGUGGCACUUUUGAUAGGGCUGUGAAGCAUCAGUUUUAAGGCAGAUUUAGUUUUGCUGUAUAUUUGCAAUGGCACUUUCUCAAUGUGAAUAUUUUUUCAGAGGCAGACUUGAGCUGCUAUUCUGUAAUGAAGCAAUUUGACUUUUGUAUUUAUUUUCAAAUUGACUUCCCAUAGCUCCCCUCUUCUGCAAAUGGCAUUAGGAAUUAAUUGUGACGUGAUGUGUAUGCAGUACCCAUGCAGGAAGAUUGGGAUGUCAGCUGUUUUCCAGGAAUUUCAUAGGCUUGUAAUGUUUGCUUGAGAGUCUGGAAGGGGCCACCUGACUUACACAUUGGAAGGACAGUGGUGUCCAUCUCUCCAAACAUACUGCGCUUUUUAGUUUGCUCAUAGAAGACAAGGCUUGGCAGGGGCUGUUACAAUGGACUAAAUCAGGCUGCCUGGGAGAAGUCUCUCCCCUACUAACAGGAUAAGGAACUGGUGCAGCGUGGUGGUGCACAGUUGUUUUCCUUUAGAAUAGCUGAGAACUAUGUGCUAUAUUGGGAACGUGUAUAUAUUAUAUAAAAUACAUAAUACGUAUAUAUUAUGUAUAAGAUAUAUAAAAUACAAAUUAUAUGUUUUAUAUUUUAUAUAUAAAACCUAUAAUUUAUAUAAUACAUAGUUAUACUGCUUACCUAUAACAUUUAUAUAUAUAAUUAUAUAUUGUAUAUGAUUAUAUGUAAAUUCUGUAUUAAAAAUAUAAGAACUAUUAGGAAAGCACUGAACACAGUAAGCACCAGUUUGCUCCUUGCCACAACAGGGGUGCUGUUAAUGUCAAGUGUAGCACACUCAGAUUCCAGUUUUCACAAAAGAAGCAGAAGUUAAAAUCUCUACCUUUUCAGUCAUUUCUUCUCCUAUGAAUAAUGGGAAAAAUUAAGACUUAAUUCCACUGUAAAAACUGAAGUAAAAGAAAAACAUAUUAUAUUCUUACCUGCAGAAGAUGAGAAACUGUAGAUGUUCCUGUAAAAAUAUUUAUGUAACUGUCAGUUGUUGUUACUGUGCACCCAGUUAUGUUACUUUGUCUAAGAAUACUGCAAGUGUAUUUUUCAAUAAAGAAUUUAUAAACUCA